CCUGGAAAAAAUACGUAAGAGUUGAAACGGAAAGAAAACCUGUUUCUAGUAACAAUGUCCAAAAAAUAUCAGGGAAUUCUGCACUAUUUGCAUAUAUAACCUCCCUCUGCAUGCCCUGUUUCUUGUUGACAGCCUUCUCCUCUCACAAACAGAUAUAAAUGCGGUUAAUUUAUGUACAGAACCAUAACGAGGAUCACAACCAAGGAUAAUCAAUCUGCUAUGGACAUGUACAAUAAACCUCGGCUGUUGGUUUGUGUUUUAGACAUGUAAGGAUGCUUUCUGGUUUUCUUCGAGUUUAUGUAACAGGGGUAGUCAAUGUGCAUAGAAAGUAUAAACCCCAAUAGCUGGUUCGUGUUGCCUAACUACAAGACCCUGGGAGUAAUUUUUGACAAUUGGUAUUGCUGUUGGUUUGAGUAUCUGGAAUACAGGCUGAACCCUGUCAAAGAAUGAUGGAGAAUGCUGGCGUUCCAUGUGAAAUGACAUUGUGGGGUUCAUCGUGAUUUUGAGUAAGUAACUGCAGAUUAUCUUGAAAGCGAGUGGAAGAAAACACAAGUAAUAAUCAUGUUUGCCGUGAUGGAGAUGGACCCAAAAGAUAUGGAAGACGAGUGGUCUGCAGCAGCAUCACCGAUUGAGGUGUUGCAGCAAUUGUCCCAGGAGGCAGUUAGAUUGGCUGGUGAGGCAUGGCAAAGUGCAUAUCCAGGUGGCCCCCUCGUGAAUCCUUCGACCUUGGAACAACCGAGGCAUAGGCGUGCACAUAGUGAAGUAGUAGUCUCUUCAUAUAGGCGUAGCAUUAGCUCUAGCAGUUUCCACAAAUGGAAGUCUCAGAUGCAAAAGGCUUUGCAUUGGGGUGGUCGUAGCCUUCGUGAUAGCCAGUAUUCUUCUUUCAAUCCUGAGGUUCUGGCAAAUCAAAAAAGACAGUGGUAUCAGCUCAACUCAAAAACAACGGACCCUGAAAAAUAUAAAGAGCCAACCUCGCUUUUUGAACACUUUGUUGUUGUGGGGAUUCAUCCAGAUGCGAAACUUGAGGCUGUUGAGGAUGCAUUCAUCAGGAAGAAGAAAUGGGAGCAAGAAAUGGAAAGAACUGAAACGGUAGAUUUUGACAUGCAAAAACGUCGGCAGCCUACAUUUCCAACAUUAGACCCUCAGGUGCUCUUCAUGUAUCCUCCUGGAAAGAAGUUUGGUCUGCGUUUAAAGGAUCUGGCUGCAUUUUGCUUUCCUGGAGGUGUCAAGGCACGCAUAUUGGAGAGAACACCAUCACUAAGUGAGUUGAAUGAACUUGUCUAUGGACAGGAACACUCAUGCCGAGAUGAUUUAUCAUUUAUAUUUUCACUUAAGGUGGCAGACAAUGCAACACUUUAUGGUGUUUGCUUGCAUGUACAAGAGGUUGUUCAGAGACCCCCUUCAAUUUAUGGGGCUUCAUCGCCUCUUUCCCAGCUACAUUCCAGCAGCAGUAGGUGUUUGGUUUCUGCUCCUCGUUGUUACUGUGUCUUGACAAGAGUGCCUUUCUUUGAGUUACACUACGAGAUGUUGAAUAGCAUCAUUGCUCAGGAACGUUUGAAUCGGAUUACUAAGUUUGUAAAUGAAAUGGCUCUUGCUGAUAACAUCCCUUCACAAUCUGUAUCAAAGAAUAAUAAUAUAAAUGAAAAGGUUGACUCUCCUGGUGCUGAAAGUGCCACAGACUGGCUGGCUUCAGCAAUUCCUGUUGAUAGUGCAAUGACUCUGGCUGCUGCUGCAGCAGGUAUCAUAUCAGAUGAGGAGGCAUCAUCAAGGUGGGAGAUCUCCCCUCCUGGGAGUCCUACCACUAGUGACAUAUCGGAUUACAGUCAAAUGAGGGAGCUGGAUAAGGAUUGUAGCAAGAAUGUGCAUACUUUUGAUGAUUAUGCAUCUGAGACCUCGGAGAACCGGUCCACUGGUGGCCUUACUCCUGAUGUUGGCCCAUUCAUCUACCAUAGGAACCAAUCUGUAGACUGUCUUCGAAGUUUUGAGUCCUUGUUUAGUCCAGCUAGAAGUAUGGCAUCAGAGGAAGAUGAUGAAUUCUUUUAUAACCCUGAUGAAGAUCCCAGGGAUCAUAUGAUAAUGGAGUGGGCAAGGGAAAAUAAAAAUGAUUUGCUACAGAUAAUUUGUGCCUAUCAUUGUAUGCAUCUUCCUGAAAGGGGAAAAGAAAUCAUUUUUCGGCCUCUAGAGCAUCUGCAGGCCAUUGUGUAUCGACGUCCUCCUGUUUCUGCCCUUGGACUGUGUCACAAGUAUCUUGAUCUAGAAAUGAAAGAUUCUAAAGAAGCCUCUCAGGUCAAGUUAAAGCUCGCUACUGCUGAGGAAGCUGUUUCACUUUCUCUAUGGUCAACAGCUUCAAUAUGUCGAGUUCUUUCACUUGAAAGCGUUCUUGCCUUGGUCACUGGUGUGCUAUUGGAGAAACAAGUUGUUGUGCUGUGCCCGAAUCUGGGUGUCCUAUCGGCUGUGGUGUUGUCUCUCAUCCCUAUUAUUCGUCCAUUUGAAUGGCAGAGUUUAUUUCUUCCUAUUCUGCCAGGGAAGAUGGUAGAUUUUUUGGAUGCUCCAGUUCCUUUCAUUGUUGGCAUACAACAUAAACUACCUGAUCUGAAGAUGAGAGCUUCCAAUUUGGUUCGGGUUAACGUACCAAAAACAAAGGUUAAAACAUGUAUUCUACCUCUACUUCCUAAACGUAAAGAGCUUAUUUCUGAACUUCGGCCUAUCCACUCCAUACUGUCACGUGAAGCCUCUGUUGCUCAGAGACAUCCAGUAUAUAAAUGCAACGAAGUGCAGGCUGAUGCUGCCGCUCAAUUUUUAAGUGUCAUGAACCGGUACUUGGAGUCACUUUGUGCAGAUUUGAGGUUGCACACAAUUACCAGUGUACAAUCCAAUAAUGACAAGGUUUCUAUACUUCUCAAGGAUAGCUUCAUUGAUUCCUUCCCUGCUAAGGACCAGCCCUUCAUUAAGUUAUUUGUAGAAACACAGAUGUUCACUGUUCUGUCCGACUCUCGUCUUUCAAGCUUUGAGAACGAAUAGUCUAUGAGCUGAGCAUGCAACUUCAUCAACUCAUAACAUCCAGAAAAUAUCAUCAGGAAUUGAAAUCUCUCACACUGAAGAUGGAUGCAUGUUUGGCGGCAGUGUUAACAAGAACGGUAAGCCAAACGAAGUCUAUGACCAAAUUGAUAAUGCCAACAUACACAACUGGUUUGGAUCAUCAUCCCUAUCUUUUUGUGGGUUGAUGAUAUGAUGUUACCAAGCAUCAAUAUUCUGUUCUUCAAGAAACAAAAAAACAAAAAACAAAAUAAAAAAGAAGAACUUUGCUUUGUUGUUGUAAAUGUGUUGAAAUAUUUUUGAGCAUCAGCAUGUAAUGUAAUUGCCAUACUUAGCUUAGAUGGGAACUGACAACUGAGUAGCUUAGAUUGUUAAAGUAGUUGUUUUUGUGCAAUGUGAAGGAGAAUGAAUGCAUUUACAGUGUUGUUAUUGU